CAGCCACCAAUCAGGAGUGUUCCUUUUCAGCCGGCAGCCAAUAGGGCGCGCCGGGCGGUGCGUGCGGGUGAUGUCAGCGGCCUGGUUGUAGAGAAGCCUGUGGUGUCAGUGCAGAAAGCGUCGCUUAGUAGAGAAUCAGAAUGUCGUCCGGAGCUCUGUUUCCCAGCCUGGUCUCCGGCUCCCGGGGGUCGUCCAGCAAGUACCUGGUGGAGUUCCGAGCCGGGAAGAUGUCGCUGAAGGGCAGCACGGUGACGCCGGACAAGCGCAAGGGUCUGGUGUACAUCCAGCAGACGGACGACUCGCUCAUUCACUUCUGCUGGAAGGACAGGACGUCCGGCAACGUGGAGGAUGACCUGAUCAUUUUCCCCGAUGACUGCGAGUUCAAGCGGGUGGCGCAGUGCACGACGGGGCGAGUGUUUGUGCUGAAGUUUAAGGCCGGCUCCAAGAGGCUCUUCUUCUGGAUGCAGGAGCCAAAGGCUGAUAAGGAUGAAGAAAACUGCCGGAAGGUGAACGAAUACCUGAAUAACCCCCCGAUGCCCGGCGCUCUGGGGGGCAGCGGCAGCGGAGGCCAUGAGCUGUCUGCGCUGGGAGGGGAAGGAGGAUUGCAAAGCUUGUUGGGAAACAUGAGCCACAACCAACUGAUGCAGCUGAUCGGACCGACCGGCCUCGGCGGACUGGGUGGCCUGGGAGCCCUUACUGGUCCUGGAUUGGCUAGUUUGUUAGGCAGCGGAGGACCCACAACUAGCAGCUCCUCAUCCAGCUCCCGGAGUCAGUCAGCGGCGGUUACUCCGUCCAGCACGGCCUCAUCCACGCGCACCACGUCUGCAGCACCCGUCACUCCGGCAGCGGCUGUGGCGGCGGCCCCUGUGGCCACUCCCAGCCCGGCGGUGAGCUCCGGCAACAGCGAAAGCGCAGCAGCUAGCCCGACGCAGCCGAUCCAGCUGAGUGACCUUCAGAACAUCUUGGCCACCAUGAACGUGCCGGCGACCGGCGAAGGCGGACAGCAAGUGGAUCUGGCCAGUGUUCUCACUCCGGAAAUCAUGGCACCCAUCCUGGCUAACGCCGAAGUCCGGGAGAGGCUGUUGCCGUACCUGCCGUCCGGAGAGUCCCUGCCGCAGACGGCCGACGAAAUCCAGAACACGUUGACGUCCCCUCAGUUUCAGCAGGCCCUCGGUAUGUUCAGCGCUGCGCUGUCGUCCGGCCAGCUCGGCCCUUUAAUGAGUCAGUUUGGCCUGCCAGCCGAGGCCGUGGAAGCCGCCAACAAGGGAGAUAUCGAAGCUUUCGCCAAAGCCAUGCAGAGCACGUCCUCCCAGAAAGAGAGGGACUCCAAGGAGAAGAAAGAAGAGGAGGAAGAUAUGAGUCUAGAUUAAACGUGUCGCUGCGCGGCUCAGCCCCGCUUCUCCCCUCCACGUGUGUUAUUUGCUGUGUUAAAUAAACGUCUCUGCUGCA